UCCAGAAGGCAAGAAUCAUCUAUAGCAGUCAAUUCCUCUCUUGACUGUUACAGAGAGAGAAGCACACCUCUGCUCGUGCCAUCCAGUGUUCCCGCGUUCUGAGAUUACUUUACUGAAAGAAAGCGUUCGUCCAGGUUGCCUCUGACGUUGACGUGGCAUGUUUCUCAUCUUUGCGACAGUUCUCUCUCUGCUUCGCUUCACAGGUUCCUUCGAGGUGACUGUCCCGCAGCGAAGGGUGUUGGCGGUGCUGGGUCAGCCGGUGGUUUUGGGGUGCAGCUACACUCCGGACCCCAAGGAGGGGCUGGACAGCCUGGUGGUGACGUGGCAGAGGUCAGAGGACCAGCAGGUCGUCCACAGCUUCUAUUAUGGGCGGAGUCAGCUGGACAAGCAGAGCCCGAACUACGCGGGCCGCACCGAGCUCUACCCCGCCCUGCUCCAGGCCGGGAACGCCUCGCUGCGGCUGCAGCGGGUCGGCCCGGCGGACACGGGCCGGUACCUCUGCACCGUCAGCAGCCUACAGGGAUCCGGCAAGGGAGAGGUCCAGCUGGAGUACGCAGCACCUUACGCCGAGCCCAGGCUUAACAUCCAGGUGAAAUGUAGCGGCAUCAGCCUGCAGUUUGAGAGCGAGGGCUACCCGGCCCCCCAGGUCCAGUGGACGGGCACACCGGGGACGAACCUGAGCACCCAGGAGGAGGUGUCCGGGCCCGGGGAGGAUGGGCUCUUCCUCCUGCGGACCAGCGUGACGGUGGAGGACCCCGGACCGGGAGUCAACCUCAGCUUCGUCCUGAAGAACUCCGCCCUGGGACAGGAGCUCCUGAGACCCAUCAGCUUCAGCCUGGCUCCAGGUGGCCUUGGAAAUUCGAUAGACGGCACCAGGUUGACCAUUGUGCUGCUGAUAAGCGCUCUGUGCCUGCUGGUGUGCCUGGGCCUGGCGGCCUUCGCCUACAUCCGCCGGCAGAGGACUUGAUAGCAGCCAAGGACACCGCAGAACGGCUCGCAGACACUCUUCAAGCCGGCGAGAGACGAGCUAUGUGCAGUCUGCUGGCUAAUGCCCCAUCCGUGCCAGGUAGCUUGCUUACAACAGUCGCAAAAAGCUGGGCUUAUUACUCCACAAAGAGUUUGGUGUAUUAGCACGAUAGCACACUAGCGCGUAAGAGCACUGCAAAUGUAGCCUGACAUUAGCACGCGCGAUUUCAGUAUUCUGUUGCAGCCGCCUGGAUCGGAGGCAACGGCACCGAAUGCUAAAAAGUUGUGCUAGCGCAGCCCAAAGCUCCACCUAGAAUUUCAUCCAAAAACGGAAAUCUAAUAGUCCUGAAAUAAUUAUUAUAUAUAUUAUAUAUAAUAUUAUAUAUAUUAUAUAUAAUAUUAUAUAUA